AGCCAAUGGCUUUGAGGCAAAUUCGGCGUUACUCAUGAGACUACAGGCAUAAAAAGUUUGCACUGCUGACCCGAGCAAACCUAGGAGAGAAAGAGGGAGGGGGGCAAGAAACAAAAAGCAUUGUAUUGAGAGAAAAUGAGCGACGCCGAAGUAUUGGGGUCGCCACCGUCGGCGCCGUUGGAGGAUCAGCCUCAACUGGAGAAAAAAAUUAUAGCCACUCUGGUACAAGGCACGGUCAAAUGGUUCAAUGUGCGGAAUGGCUAUGGCUUCAUAAACAGAAAUGACACAAAAGAGGAUGUUUUUGUCCAUCAGACGGCGAUCAAAAAGAAUAACCCAAGAAAAUUCCUUCGUAGUGUUGGCGAUGGAGAGGUUGUGGAGUUUGAUGUGGUUGAAGCAGCUAAGGGCUCAGAGGCUGCCAAUGUGACUGGGCCAGGGGGUGUCCCAGUCAAAGGCAGUCGUUACGCCCCCAACAAACGCAGGUUCCGUCGGCGCUUCUUUCCCCGUGGGCCCCGACCUGGCCAGCCUGAUCAGGGCAAGGGUGGUGAGGGCUCCUCUGGCCCCACGUCUGAAGGGGAGGGGGUCGAGGGGAGUGCCCCACAGCUGCGACCCAUUCCUCGCCGCCGCCGCCCUCGCAGAAGACAAGAGGGCCAAGAAGAGGGGGAGGCGGGUGAACAGAAGAAUGGAGGGGUCGUAGUGGAAGGGGAACUGGCUGUCCAGCAGAGAGCUGCUCCUCGGAGAUUCCGGCCACAAUAUCGCAGGCCCUUCCGCCCCCGCCCACCUGUUGGGGAACGGGCGGAAGGCCAACAGUCCCUUCCCGAGGGACAGACUGUAGGACCAGAGGGACAGGCUAACGGGGGACCACCUGAGACCCAGGUACAGAGGCCCCGGCGACAAUUCAGCCGCCGUAGGCAGAGGAACUCUGAGUCUGCGCCAUCCAAGGAUGGAACAGAAAAACCAUCCACAGAGCCCAGCUCGCCCACCCAAACUUCCAAACCCGCAGACCUGAAGUCUUCUCCAAAACCUUCCCCGAAAUCCUCACCCAAAACUUCACCCAAAACUGACAAGCCACCUGAUAAGAUACCUGCCAUGACAGUGACUCCACCUUCUGAAUGAUGCCAUUGGGAAGUUUGAUCAUCUGACCCUUAUGAGAGGUCCCUGGGUGGGUUAGCUGGGGUUGGACCAGGUCUGUCUCACCACACCUGCUGUGGGCAAUUCUCCCCUGCUCCCUGCCUCCUCUCCCACUUCAUCCCAACCCACUUGACCCGUCUAGUCUGGACCCUUUAGCUGGGCAAAUUGGGGCAGAAGGGGAGUGUAAUUCAAAAGCUUAAUGGUGAUGGAAAUUGAAAGAACUACUCUUUAAAAUUAUAAACCUGCACUGACGGCCAGUUUUUCCAUGUUCCCGCCAGUUUACUUUAAUCUACUGAAGCGCUAGAAAUAAAUGGUAACCAGGCCUAUUUUGGCUAUUUAUGUUUUAAGGGGUGAGGAGAAGCUAUGUUAGGGUGGUGAAGUGUAGGGGGAACGCACUUUGAGAUCAUCCCUUUCCCGGUCUACCACCUGCAGAGACUAGAAAAUUGCUGAACCCCUAUUAAUGAAUGAAAGCCUGAGCUGGUUAAUGUCCUUUUUUUCCCCCAUUUGUUCGGUUUGUCUUGUUUUUGUUUGCACUUUGGAGGGAAUGAUGUGCAAUGAAACGUCAGUAUAUAAAAUGUAUAUUAAAAGAAAAUCCUAUAUGCAAAAUGA